AUGUGCUGGAGGAAGCAAACCAUCUACAAGGGCUGCCGACACGGCCGGACCGAGGUAAUCACCUGCGACGACGAGAAGAGGCGCCGCAGGGGACACGCCCACGCGGCGGCGUUGUCGUCGACGACGAGAAGUCGGCGAGAACAAGACCGUAGGAGCCCGUGGCUGGUUCUCUUCUGCCUGUGCUUCUUCCCCGCCCCCGCCGCGCCCCCGAGGGAGGAGAAAUGCCGGCCCAAGCCGGCCCUCGAACCGCUCAACGGCAAGUGUCCCCGCUGUCUCGAGGAGGAAGCUAACGCAGCAGUGUGUAGCGGCCCGGUGUUCGUCGUCGACGACGACGACGACGACGACGACGACGACGACGACGACAACCUGCCGUUCCGGCCAGAGGACGCCGCCGCGGAAGCAUCCAGACGGUACGGCUUCAUCGGCGACAAGCACCUGCACGCCGCGGGACGCCCGGUGAGUCGCGAUGCUUGCGGGGGUACAGGACCGCGGCGGGAUCCGCGUCGGGGACGCUCCGGGCCGUCGUCGAGAAGCCGGCACGAGGGCACGGAUCCGACAGAGGUCCGCCUGGCCCGCCGGCCGCUUUAUACGAACAUUCGGUACGAGAAGGCCGUACGGCGGGAACGAACUCGUCGGGAGCAAUGCAACGCCGAAGGCCACGAGCAUCAUUCACAACACGUGCAGAGAACACCAGGGUAUCGCAGUGGCAAUCAAGACCAGGACCAGGACCAGGACCAAGGACCAAGUGGUUCUACGGCCAGCCCCGGCUGGAGCGCAGACAGCCAGCCCUUCCAGCCCGAAGACUCAACGGCGCACCUCGUCCCUCGCCCGCUGCAAAGGUCCAUGGCCAGGACAGAUCGAGAUAUGACCAUGGGGGCGAGGGCGAGAAGGGGCCCGCUCCUGAGCGUCGUGCUGGAGGACGGAAGCGGCUGGGGAGCGCGGGACGACACUGCCGCGAGCCCACCGGAAUCCGCUCCGGGGUUGUCACUGGACGAGCUGAUGGAGGAAGUCGAAGAGCGAUGGCGAGCGGCCCCCAACCAGCGGCGGUAG